CUGGGCGGAGGCAGGCAGGGCCCCUGAUAUCUCUCUUCACAGAGGUUCCAGCUGGGUCGCCACCCCCAGGAUGGCUUUCGCCUCUGGCCCCCCAGCCUUCAGGCUGGAGACCUAUGAUGGAGGCCCUGAAGAUGGAGCUGAUGUGGACACAGGACAGCGGGGCCUCGGGGAUGGGCUGCCCCCAAUGGAGUCACCAUAUGUGGGCGAGGACAGGAACUUCUCCCCUCAGAUCAAAGUGAACCUCAACUACCGAAAGGCAGCAGGUGCCAGCCAGCUGGACCUAAACCGCUUUGACCGUGACCGGCUCUUCAGCGCUGCUGCCCGGGGUGACUCCGAGGACCUGGCGGGGCUACUGGAGUACCUGCGCACUACCAGCAAGUACCUCACCGACUCAGAGUACACAGGUAGGCCUGCCCUUCGCAGAGCCCGGGUCCGUGGCUGUGCUGGGACUGUGCUGGCUGGUGGGUCUUGACCAUGGUCAGGAGGAGACAAGGGGUGUGGGUUUCCUUUUCCUUUUUUUUUUUUUUAAGGGGAGCGUUCUUAGCAGCAGACCCUCCUGCCAGAAUGGCUGCAGGGGACCCUGCUGACAGAGCCAAGGACUCCACUUACCUCCCACCACCUCACUGGCACCCGGCCGCAUGGGUACUUGUAGGCAUCCUCAAUGCUUCCUUUCUCUCUCUCUCU